AAAAACCAUAGGAAAUGUUUGACAAAAACUUUAUAAUUCUGUGCACCAUUUUUUGCAUACAAAUUUCUGGAAACAGCGCUCAGUAUGAGAACUUUGGCGGCAACGACAAUUUCCAAAGUUUGGAAAGUGUCCCAAUUGGCCUGCUCACCGACCAGAACACGGAGCAAAUGAACAUUGUCUUCGACCAUGCCAUCGAUGUGGCCAACCAAGAGGCGGGCACGGCUCUAACCUCGCUGAAGGAGGAGGUGAACUACGGGGAUGCCUACCAGAGCUACGGCAGACUGUGCAGGAUGCUGGAGACUGGCAUUGCGGGGGUGUUCGGACCCUCAUCUCGGCACACUGCCGUUCACCUGAUGUCCAUUUGCGAUGCCAUGGACAUACCGCACAUCUACUCCUACAUGAGUGAGUACGCCGAGGGCUUCAAUCUGCAUCCGCAUCCGGCGGAUCUGGCCAAGGCCCUGUUCAGCCUCAUCACCGAGUUCAAUUGGACGCGGUUCAUUUUCCUGUACGAGUCUGCCGAUUACCUGAACAUUUUGAACGAGCUGACCACGCUGUUCGGGAUGAAUGGACCUGUGGUCACGGUGCUGCGCUACGACAUGCAGCUGAAUGGCAACUACAAACAGGUCCUCCGGCGGGUGCGUAAGUCCGUGGACAAUCGGAUUGUGGUCGUGGGCUCCAGCGAAACAAUGCCGGAGUUCUUAAACCAGGCCCAGCAAGUGGGCAUCAUUAACGAGGACUACAAGUACAUCAUUGGCAACCUGGACUUUCACUCAUUUGAUUUGGAGGAGUACAAGUACAGUGAGGCCAAUAUAACUGGGCUGCGACUGUUUUCGCCGGAGAAGAUGGCUGUCAAGGAGCUGCUCAUGAAGUUGGGCUAUCCCACCGACCAGGAUGAGUUUCGAAAUGGUUCCUGCCCCAUAACCGUGGAAAUGGCCCUGACCUACGAUGCCAUUCAGUUGUUCGCACACACUCUAAAAAAUCUGCCAUUCAAACCAGUGCCCCAGAAUUGCUCACAGCGAACGGAAAGUGUCCGGGAUGAUGGCUCCUCCUUUAAGAACUACAUGAGAACGCUGCGCCUCACGGAACACUUGCUCACCGGACCCAUUUACUUUGAGGGAAACGUCCGCAAGGGAUACCAUCUGGAUGUCAUCGAGCUGCAGCCCUCGGGAAUCGUUAAAGUGGGCACCUGGGACGAGCAGAGGGAGUACAGACCCCAGCGACUGGCACCCACCACCGCCCAAUUCGAUAAUGUCGACAAUUCUCUGGCAAACAAGACGUUCAUAAUCUUGCUCUCGGUGCCGAACAAACCAUAUGCCCAACUGGUGGAGACCUACAAGCAGCUGGAGGGCAAUAGUCAGUAUGAGGGCUAUGGUGUGGAUCUCAUCAAAGAACUGGCCGAUAAACUGGGCUUUAAUUUCACCUUCGUAAAUGGUGGCAAUGAUUAUGGAUCGUAUAACAAAACCUCGAAUGAAUCGACGGGCAUGUUGAGGGAAAUUAUGAUUGGGCGAGCUGAUUUGGCCAUUACGGAUUUGACCAUUACGUCGGAACGCGAGGAAGCCAUUGACUUCACCAUUCCAUUUAUGAAUCUUGGCAUUGCAAUUCUCUACUUGAAGCCCCAGAAAGCCACUCCCGAGCUCUUCACCUUCAUGGAUCCCUUCUCCGAAGAGGUCUGGUGGUUCCUGGGCUUUUCCUUUUUGGGCGUGUCCCUGAGCUUCUUCAUAUUGGGUCGGCUGUCGCCCAGCGAAUGGGAUAAUCCGUAUCCCUGUAUUGAGGAGCCAGAGGAACUGGAAAACCAGUUUACCAUAGGCAAUUCGAUUUGGUUUACCACGGGUGCCUUACUGCAGCAAGGCUCUGAAAUUGGACCAAAAGCCCUAUCAACUCGAACUGUGGCCAGUUUCUGGUGGUUCUUUACCCUCAUUGUGGUCUCCUCCUACACCGCCAAUUUGGCUGCCUUCCUGACCAUCGAGAAGCCCCAAAGUUUAAUCAACAGCGUUGACGAUUUGGCAGACAACAAGGAUGGCGUCGUGUACGGUGCAAAAAAAACUGGAUCCACCAGGAACUUUUUUUUGACUUCUGAGGAUGAGCGUUACAAGAGGAUGAACAAAUUCAUGACCGAAAAUCCCCAAUACCUUACCCAAGACAACAUGGAGGGAGUGAAUCGGGUGAAAACACACACUCACUAUGCAUUCCUGAUGGAGUCCACGUCCAUUGAGUACAACACCAAGCGAGAAUGCAAUCUCAAAAAGAUUGGCGAUGCAUUGGAUGAGAAAGGCUAUGGCAUAGCCAUGCGGAAAAAUUGGCCGCAUCGCGACAAGUUCAACAAUGCCUUGCUGGAGCUGCAGGAGCAGGGAGUGCUGGAGAAAAUGAAGAACAAGUGGUGGAACGAGGUGGGCACCGGGAUUUGUGCCACCAAAGAGGAAGCUCCAGAUGCCACGCCCCUGGACAUGAACAACCUGGAGGGCGUGUUCUUCGUACUGCUCGUCGGAAGUUGCUGCGCCUUGCUGUACGGCAUUAUAAGCUGGGUCUUGUUUGUGAUGAAGAAAGCCCACCAUUACCGGGUUCCGCUGCGCGACGCUCUCAAGGAAGAAUUCCAGUUCAUCAUCGAUUUCAACAACUAUGUGCGGGUGCUGAAAAACUCGGCUUCCAUCUAUUCGCGCAGCCGUCAAUCCUCAGUAGUCAGUCAGUAGCUUCUGUAGCUCAGGACUCGCAAUAU